UCCACGCUACGGCGCAGCAGGUCACUCGCAGAAUAGUGCGCCCCCCCAAGAGCCGUAAUGCGCAUGACAGCUGCAACUCCUAACGCCAAGUAACAGCGUACGAAGUAGGUUAGGCCCCAUGUUUUAUUGUUUUCCUCCAACUCUGCAUUUCUGCACUCUUUUCGUGAGCAGAAACUGGGCUGUGGCGCGCCGGUGAGCCGCGGCGAAGGAGGACGAGGUCAAAACGGAGACGUUUGAACAGGAGCCUGAACAAGAAAGAGACAACAGUCCGGUUUCAGCGGGGAGCUUCCGUAGCGAGUAGGCCCGGUGACCCACAUUCAGCGUGUGCAGAGAGAGAGAGAGAGAGAGAGAGCCGCGACCGUGUGAGCCUGUUCUCCUGUGCUUGAGAGAGAGGCUGUGUGGCACAUUGCCCUGGGUGGUCAAUAUUCAACCUUUAGGCGCUGUCCUCAGCAGAGUUGAUGUUACAAAUAUCCGGAAACAGCAUCAAGGAUCUCCACCACCUUUGCUUCAAAUGUCUUCCCAGUGCUUCAAGUGUUUUUUUCCUCAGACUGACCCAUGAAACAUCAUCACCAUGAGCUCGAUAGACAGGGAUGAUGGCAGUAUUUUUGAUGGGUUGAUGGAGGAGGAUGAGAGGGAUAAGGCCAAACGAGUGUCUAGGAAUAAAUCAGAGAAGAGGCGGAGAGACCAGUUCAAUGUCCUCAUCAAGGAAUUGGGCACCAUGUUGCCGGGCAACACACGCAAGAUGGACAAGUCCACUAUCUUACAGAAGAGCAUUGACUACCUGCGGAAGCACAAAGAAAUUGCAGCACAGUCAGAGUCUAGUGAGAUCAGACAGGACUGGAAACCCCUGUUUCUUAGCAACGAGGAGUUCACACAGCUCAUGCUGGAGGCAUUGGAUGGGUUUUUCCUUGCUAUCCUGACAGAUGGGAACAUCAUCUAUGUCUCUGAAAGUGUCACGUCCUUACUAGGGCACCUACCUUCAGAUCUGGUGGAUCAGAACCUGUUGAACUUCCUUCCUGUCGGGGAGCAUGCGGACGUAUACAAAGCUCUGUCUUCACACCCAGAAGGUGAAAACCUCAGCACAGAAUACUUUAAGUCUAAGAACCAGUUGGAGUUUUGCUGUCAUGUGCUCAGAGGUUCUAUGGAUCCCAAAGACCUGCCCGUGUACGAAUAUGUCAAAGUUAUCGGCAACUUCAAGGCACUCAGCAAUAUGCCUCAUCCAACUCGAAAUGGCCUAGAAGGAGUACUCCAGAGGUCUUUACGCCCAGCCUUUGAUGACCAAGUGUGUUUCGUGGCCACUGUGCGGCUAGCAAAGCCACAGUUUAUCAAAGAGAUGUGUACAGUGGAGGAGCCCAAUGAAGAGUUUACCUCUCGACACAGUCUAGAGUGGAAAUUUCUCCUGUUAGAUCACAGAGCUCCACCUAUCAUUGGUUAUCUGCCCUUUGAGGUGCUGGGGACAUCUGGAUACGACUACUAUCAUGUAGACGAUCUCGAGUCGCUGGCUAAGUGCCAUGAGCAUUUGAUGCAGUUUGGGAAGGGGAAGUCUUGUUAUUAUCGGUUCCUCACUAAAGGGCAGCAGUGGAUCUGGCUCCAGACUCACUACUACAUCACCUACCAUCAGUGGAACUCGCGGCCUGAGUUCAUUGUCUGCACGCACACCGUGGUCAGUUACGCUGAGGUGCGGGCAGAGCAGAGGAGAGAGAUGGGAAUUGAAGAGUCUCCUCCUGAGCUUACAGCAGACAAGCAAUCUCAGGAUUCAGGUUCUGAGUCACAGUUGAAUACCUCCAGCCUGAAGGAAGCACUAGAGCGCUUUGAUCACAGCCGAACACCAUCCACCUCCUCGCGCAGCUCCCGCAAGUCUUCACACACAGCCAUGUCCGACAGCACAUGUACCUCCACUCCCUCCAAGCUGCAGAUGGAUGUGAACACUCCUCCUCGGCCUGCCACCGUUGACAUGACAUCACAGCGGCGCUCUUCAGUCAGUGGCCAGACCGUAAGUUCUCAGAAUAGCACCCAAAAUUCAUCGCCUGCUCAAGUCAACAAGCAACAGCAGCAACAACAACAACAACAGCUUCAACCCCCUGCACAGUAUUCUGCACAGUUGAGUGCCAUGCAGCACUUGAAGGAGCAGCUGGAGCAGAGGACGCGGAUGAUCGAAGCCAAUAUUAAGAAGCAGCAGGAAGAACUGAGGCAAAUACAUGAGCAGCUACAGAGGGUUCAGGGCCAAGGACUUCAGAUGUUCCUGCAGCAGUCAGGGGGUGGGGUCAAUGUUCAGCUGCCUCAGGUGGGAGGAGCUUCGGUGUUAGGUUCAGGAUCUCAAGCUGGUGUUGUAGCUAUUCAAGGCCAGAAUGUCACAAGCACUGCCCACAAUGGAACUCAGCACCUUCUACAGCAGCAGGCACCACCUUCUCAGCAGCAGAACACACAAGGCUCUACCCUUACACAGAGGGGUCCGGUGUAUAACACGAUGAUGAUCAGUCAGCCUGGCAAUGCCAAUGUGGUGCAGAUACCCAGCACUCUGGCACAGAAUGUCAGUCAAGGAACUGCAAUUAACAGGUUUCCCACAGGGCAGCAGUUGGUCACAAAGUUAGUGACGGCUCCAAUGGCCUGCGGUGCCGUAAUGGUCCCCACAACAAUGUUUAUGGGCCAGGUAGUGACGGCAUACAGCCCGUUUGCCCAGCAGCAGGGCCAGACACAGGCCAUAGCCCUGCAGACACAGGCAGCCGCACAGUCCGACUCUCAAACACAAGCGUCUGCAGUUCAGUCAGGGCAGCAGCAGGGGGCAACACAGCCACAGCAACAGCAGCAGUUUCUCCAGGGCACUCGCAUUCUCCAUGGCAACCAGCCUACACAACUGAUUCUACAGGCUUUUCCUAUUCAGCAACAGAGUGCGUUUGGCACGACGCAGCAACAACAGCGUCAGCAACAGCAACAACAAAGACUGCAACAGCAACAACUGAAGCCUCAGACUCAAAAGCGGCAGAAAGCCCCCACAUCUCACCGGACUGACAACACUAGCGGUCAGUCUCAGUGACACGGACGAACACAGAGCCCUAUGGUGCUGUUUUUGUCAACAGUAUUAAUAUGGAGGUCAUUGGCUAGCUCUUCCGGCUCUGGCAGCAAAGUUCUUCCUUGGUGACAGCUGCGAUCAGGUAACAGAAGCCUCUCGGAGAAGGAACUCCUCGCUUCAGUGCCAACGUGGAACAAGACACCGCCAGGUGUUUGCCAUAGCAACGGUUCAGGAUUCCAAACAUUUCACCGCAAUAACAGGUGGAGAACAGCACCCUUACAACCAAGUUUUUCCAUCUUUUUUUAUCCCAGUAAUUUAUUUAAGCAUCAAUGUUCAGGAGCAUAGUCCUCGUUUGACCUUGCAUAAAAGGAACGCUCUCAGAAUCUUCUCUGAGAACUCCAAAUCUUUACUAUCUGUACAGAUCCGUGUACCAUACCGUGUAAAUAAAUCCAACCAUAAAGGAGCAAAAUACAAAGGUUAUUUUAUACUCUGCAUGAGAAGUAUAAGCUCUUACUUGUAGUUCUUUUAAUUUAGUUCUAUUUUAGGCAGGAAAUGUUCCGAGUUUUAAUCUGGCGUUUUUGUAUCUUUCCCAACAUCCUAAGAUACUCAGUUGAUCUUGGCUUCCAAACGGAUCUCCAUUAGGUUCUUACCAGAAUGGCUUGCGAAUUUUAUUAUAUCGUAAUCCUCAUUUCGAAACAUACCCGAAGAGGAUGGUGUUACCUCUACUCUGUAGGCCAGUGUAGUUCUCAAUCUUCUAAGUGCCAACAAUCAAAAUUUAUUUGAUAUAUAUUUUGUUGCCUCCAUGGCGAAUUCAAGGAUGUUUCUCCAUGCUAUGUAUAGGAUAUUGUUUUUAAAAAUAUGUCUUCCCCUUUACGUUCUAUAGCACUUAUUGUGUUCACACACACUAAAAUGGCCCUUGUGAUUGUGAUAUUUGUGUUUUAUGAUGGACUGAGCGAGUGAGUGUGCGUCUCUGUGUAUGUGUGAGGAACAGGGAUGUAUGUAUGCGUGUAUGUGUGCACAUGUCAAAUGCUUAGACAAUAUGCAGCUAUUUUUAUUUCUAAGAUAAGAAUAAGUAGAUAUAAACAACAGUGUAACUGUAGAAGCCCUAGAGACCCUGUUCAAACAUAAGAAACUCAAAACGUCUCCUAUAUACCAUGCUGUGUAGAUUGUGGAAAUUAUGCAACAAGCCAUAACCAAUAUAAAGUGUGUCUGUAUGUGUGAAAGAAUGAGAAAGUAGCAGCGUUCCAAAAGCUAGGCUGCAGCUGAGAAAUGUGGGUCCUCAGUAGGACUGUCCUAUGAAUGAUCCUUGUUUGUAUGACAACGCAAAACAGAACAGUCCACAGGCCACUUUGUCACAUCAGUUUUGAUAAUGGGAAUACUGUUGAUGUGAAUGGUCGUUCAAAACUGGCCUCUUUUUUUAGCAACAUGUAGUAAAUGUGGCGUAGCACUUUCACCAUUGUAAUUAGUUAUCCAAUGUGCCAAAUGUAGUUAGUCCUUACAAACACAGGCUGAUUGUUGAUAAUUUGUCAUUAUGCAUUUUAUAAAGCAGACACUAGUAUUGGGCAAUGUACCAGUUAAAGUUCUUCCAAAGGUAUUAGUUUUGUUAUAGCCUUUAUUCUAUUAUUUCGGUCAUGUUUAAAAAAAAGAAUAUAUAAAUAUAAUCCAAGUCUUCUUGAGGGAGCAGACAUCAGCUAGAAACGUGUAACAAAUCACCUCUUGCUUUUAGACUAGCAUGGACACCAGCCACUUGCUGUUUCCUCCCGCACUUACGAUGCAGCACUCUCAAGGCCCGGUUCCUUCUGCUGUCGAUAGCACUAAUAACUUGUAAUAUAUACCAAAUUCCAUCCAUGUCUGGCGGUCUUAGAUGAAGGGGACACACAUUUACAAAUAUGUGACAAAUAACUUGAGAUAUUCAGAUGCCUAGAGAGGUGUAAGCACCACUAGCUUAUCUAUACAAAACUCAGUUUCUGUUAGUUACAUUUGAAUUUACUACAUUUGUUAAAUAUAGUUCUUAUUAAAAGUAUAGGGACAUUGCUGAAUAAGCCACUGUUAACCUACAAAAAUGUGUUUUCUUAACAUGUAAAUAAAUAAAUACACUAUAAAUACACUGUACAACAAAACUUUUACUUGUACGGUGAUAAAUUUUUGGCCAUAACACCGAAUACUAGCUGACACAUAAACCAAACUAAACUAAUUUAAUGGACUUUUUAACAUGUACAUUACAAGCUUUUGUAAUUAAAUGAACAAGUUACUCUGGAACAGGAAUCCGGCAGAUGUGGUUUCAUCUGCUGGUGAUGCUCUUGAACUUCAGGUGAGACACCUGCCUAAAGGAUUACAGGUGACAGAAGACAGUGAAGGACAAUCUGGUAGCCAGAAUGUUGGCUUUGUUUCUCAGCUGUAUUUAAAAUCUGCUUCUUUGAUGAAGUAACGAUCUAGAAAUGUAGACCGUCUGGACUGCAGCCUUGCUUUUGGAACACAGCUUUUGGCUUCUGAAGUUAUAUAUACGAUUACUCAUGCAAGCAUGCAAAAGUUUGGGCACUGCUGGUUGCUUGUUUUGUUGAUUUUUUUCAGAGAACACUUCUGCACAUUUGAAUGCACAGUCAAUGUUUAUUUGCUGAAUUUUAAAAGUUUAGGGAAAAAAGUCCAAUGCAAAAGUUGGGGCACUUUUGUUAUGUUUUAUGUAGAGGUAUGUGUUAUGGAAGAAAUAGUAUAUGAUGAUUACAUUUAUAUUUUGACAAUUAUUGUUAUUAUAUUGUUAUUAUUAUUAUUAUUGUUAAUUAUAUUAACUUCACUAAAUCCAGUUAAACAGGUCUUAUUAUGCUCUCUUUGUAAUGAAACCUGCAGUCGGCUGGUGGUAUCCAUGAUUUGCUCAGAAAUGCACACGAUAACACUAAAAUACUGUCGUAAUAACCCACCUCUAGUUUUAUGUUUAUUUUUUCCAAUAUGUUAAGCUCAGCAAAUACAUAGAAAUUGUGCACUAAAAUCAGCAGAAAAAUGUCAUAUUUAAGUGUGUUCUCUGUAGAAGAUUUAAUUUAGAACCAGGGAUAUUCAAACUUCUGCAUAUGACUUCAAGUUGGUCACCAAAUUAACAUUGUAAGUAUGCUUGGUUUUGUUAUUUGUAAGAGUGAGUGCUGCGUUAUCAAACGUUCCUAAUUCUUCCCUCAGUGCUGUAGGGGCUGGACGUCAAACCAGGCGAUAACCAAUCAGUUCUUGCGUUGCAGUAACAUUCUGAACAUUCUAGAAUGCUCCCCGCUGGCUUGGUAGCUGUAUACCUCAGAAAUCCAUAUUAUUGAAAGCGUUUUCUAUAAGAAAAUCCAAAGCAACUUUAUUUUCGUAUGGUAAAAGGACUUUAGUGCAAAGCUGUAUAUAGACCGUUAACACUGUCAUGUGAAAAUGUAUGCAUUUUUAGUCAUUAUAGACAGAUUGUGAUGAGCAGAACGUGUAGAUUUAUGGACUUCCAAAUAAAAACUUGCGGCUUAAGCAUCUUCUCCCCCCUAACAGAUCCCAUUUACGUUACGUUUUGUAGUAUUUGUUUACAUACUGCCGUGCAUCCAAAACCUGCUGAGAGAUAUAUAGGCUUGUGAAGUGUUCACAAUGGUCAGUUUUAUUUUUUGACAGUAUCAUGCAAGUCUUAACCAAACAGCAAAAAUUAGCUGGUGAUUAGAUCGGGGCCUCAGGUACUAUAUUUCUGUCAUUUUUCUUUGUCUAGCCACCAAAGAUGUUUUGUGGGCACCUUUUAAGACAUUCAGAUGUACAUGGUCAUGUAUAUGGCGCUGCAUCUAUCCAGUGUCUAUGGACUGGGCCCGUGAACUUUUUUGUAACCACGUAAACAGACACCAAAUCCGCCAUUAUGGGUUUGUUUUUUCGCAUUUUGCAUUUUCUACCACUCUUGUGUAG